AUGUCGUCGCCCGCUCGCAAGAAGCGUGCCGAUUCAGGGUCGACUCUUUCAUCACCAUCGCCCGUAGACGCGGAGAGCGGUCUUCUCCCACCAGAGCAUUGGUCACUACUACCAGAGGAAGAAAACGCGCCAGGCGAUGAAGACUCAGCUGUUCUUGACAAUGCGAGCUCAACAGCUUUUUUGACAUCCAGUGUUCUUCAGUAUCAAACUAUUAAUGGGAGGGCAUAUCAGACUGAGCGGGGAAAUCCCGAUUACUGGGGACCCAUCGAUGACACCGGCCAAGAGGCAAUGGAUAUCAAUCACCGUGUACUCACUCUCUUUUUAGGCGAUAAGCUGUACCUGGCACCAGUCCCAGAGGACAUUCAGACUGCCGUAGAUAUUGGAAAGGGAACUGGGAGUUCGCGGAUAAGUUCCCAAAUGCUUCCGUCAUUGGGAUUGAUUUUGCACCAAUUCAACCUAGUUGGAUCUCACCCAAUAGAGAGUUAUAAGUACCCGGUUAGAGAGAUACAUCUGCGUACAUUUCGUACUGACCUCUUAACAGCCAAAUUGAAGACUGUACCCAAGAAUGGACCUUCCAGCCUAACACCUUUGACUACAUCCAUAUGCGAUGGCUCGUCGCCAGCAUCGCACACUGGAAGUCUCUGUUUAAGGAAGUUUAUAAGUGCCUCAAACCAUGAGCCAGGCAGUGCGUUAAGCCAAUGGGAGAGGUUCUUCGUGGAAGGCGGACGCAAGAUAGGACGACCGUUUACGAUUUUAGAGGAGAACAUCCAGAGAGAAGGGAUGAGAGAAGCAGGAUUUUGUGACAUUGAGGAGCGGGAUUUUAAGAAUCCUGUGGGAAGAUGGCCAAAGGAUCCGAAGUACCGAAGUGGAGGGCAGUUUAUGCAGGCUGCCUUCGAACAAGACGCUCAGGGAACAGUUCUUCAUAUGGAUACUACGCUGGGAUGGACUGAGGAAGAAGUCACUGUCUUCAUCUCUCACUUUAGACGCGAGAUCAGAUCAUCUAAGAUCCAUUCGUAUUUCAGACAGAAGGUUGUUUGGGGACGGAAGCCUCUUUAA